UUGCAUCUUAACCUCCAUCAUCAUUUAAGUUCGGUCUUCCUCAUCUCCAUCCCCUUUCACUUCUCCCCUCUCUUUCUUUCAGCUCACAAUGUCUGCUGAGUCUCCAGUUCGACACGCCUCUGCUUCUCCCGCAGGAUCACGUUCAUCUUCUCCAAAUAAUGCUCAUGACACAUUAACUCUUCGUGCUCUUGUUAACACAAAGGAAGCUGGUGUCAUCAUAGGCAAAGGCGGGAAAAAUGUCGCUGAUCUUCGUGAGCAAACUGGCGUCAGAGCUGGCGUCAGUAAAGUUAUCCCUGGCGUGCACGAGCGCGUCCUUACCGUUGGCGGAUCUGUUGAAGCCGUUGCAAAGGCGUACAACCUCAUAAUCUCCCAACUUGUGUCAUCCAGCCCAUCACCCAUCUCCCUAUCAUCGUCAUCGCCUCAUACCUCAAUCCGUCUUCUAAUUUCUCACAAUCUCAUGGGUACGAUAAUAGGUCGCAGUGGUGGCAAAAUAAAGGCUAUUCAGGAUGCUUCGGGCGCGCGCAUGGUGGCGUCAAAGGAGAUGCUUCCACAAUCAACUGAGCGCAUUGUCGAAGUGCAGGGCGCACCUGAUUCGAUCGGUCGUGCCAUCGAGGAGAUUGGAAAGUGCUUGUUGGAAGAUUGGGAGAGGGGUCAGGGCACCGUUCCAUUCCAUCCUGGUGCUGGUGAUGCUACCUCAGGUACGAGACGAUCAGCCAAUGGCUAUUCGGCUGGAGCUCGCAAGUCCAAUGGAGAUGUAGCCCGACGUUCACCACCACCUUCGCCCCAUUCACCUACUGUUGCACAGUCAACAGCCAACCUGCGCACGCAGAACAUCUCCAUACCAUCGGAUAUGGUUGGAUGUAUCAUCGGUCGAAGCGGAAGCAAGAUUACUGAAAUCCGGCGGUUGUCAGGAUCCAAGAUUUCCAUUGCCAAAGCUCCACAUGAUGAGACAGGCGAACGGAUGUUUACUAUCAUCGGUACUCCGGAGGCCAACGAAAAAGCUCUUUUCUUGCUCUACAAUCAGCUCGAAAGCGAGAAGGAGAGGAGGGUCGGCAGAGAACAGCAGCAGCAAGAGGAGUAAUUUGGCAUGCGGUGUCUGUUUUCGUAUUGGAGACUACAUUCAAACCUGAACCUGCGUCCCUACCCGCACACGCGUACUAUAUGUAUCAUGUUCCGUCACCUCGCCACUUCUUGUCUUGCUGUUGUCAGCAUGCUGUCCCGGCCGUACUCUGUUUUGUGCAUCGUCUCCCGCCAUUUGGUACAACGUGCUCAUACUAUCCUCUUACCCGCCUGUGCAUUCGUCUCCUUCCGUCCAAAACCCUUACAUACGUGUUCAUAUCUUUCUCUCACCUUCUCCCUUCGCCUUCUUGCCUCGCUCUCAUGCUUGUGUCUGCCCUCUUCCCCUCUCGUAAAAAGUCAUCGCUCCCACUGUCAUGCGUUACAUACAGCACAUUGUAGUACACAUACUCACGGACGAUAAAUCUAUGCACGUAUAAGUACCUGCUGUUAUACAUAUCGUUGUCAUCA